AUGGAUGCGAUCAGCUCGAUCGAUUUUGUCGACCCGAAAGAAGCGGUAGUUCCCACUCGAGAGCCUCCUGCCUCGUAUUUGGCCAAGGCUCAGAAAGCACAUACUCCUUCUUAUAGCAGAUCUUCCUCCGCCCCUUAUUCUUCUUCUUCUUACAAAUCUUCCUCCUCUCGCUCUUCUUCGGAUGGGGGGAACAGUCAUGUAUUUGCUACCCUGGAAGAUGUGCCUCUGCCGGUGACGGAUGGAAGCACAGACUGGGCGCGCUCGUUUCAGGGAAUUGGCUCAGCAGCUUACCCGCCGGAAAUUGCCGAGAUUUUGUCGCAAGAACUGGAGCCGGACUGGAUAGAGAUCAAGCCAGACGGGAUUCUCUACCUACCCGAAAUCCAUUAUCGUCGGAUUCUUAACAAAGCGUUCGGCCCCGGAGGCUGGGGUCUAGUUCCCCGAAGUGAGACAGUAGUCAGUCCAAAGACCGUCUCGCGAGAGUUUGGCUUGGUCUGCCACGGUCGUCUAGUGAGUAUUGCUCGCGGAGAGCAAAUCUACUUUGAUGCUGAAGGAGUGCCUACUGCUUCAGAAGGCUGCAAGAGUAACGCGAUGAUGCGAUGCUGCAAGGACCUGGGUGUCGCGUCCGAGCUGUGGGACCCGCGCUUCAUCCGCCGGUUCAAGAAGACUUACUGCGAUGAGGCCUUCGUCGAGCACAUCUCGACCAAACGCAAGAAGAAGAUGUGGAAGCGGAAGGACGUUAAUUGGGAGUACCCGUAUCGGAGCGCGAGCUUCUGA